UUGAGUAAAUAUAAAAUGAAAACAGUUUAAAAUUUAGCCUUCAAAAUGAAUGUUGAAAAGUCAGAUGACAAAGCAAAGAAUGGCUUGAAGUCUUCCUUACUUAUAAGGGAUGAAAAUGGAAAUAACUAUGCAUGUGGCACAGCUACACCUUCUGCAAAGAGUUGUGCCACCAAGAUACAUGGUAAUUCAGCUGACCAAAAUAUGACUGACCAUGAAGGUAGUACUGUUCUUGGAAACAAGGGUGACUUCAGAAAUACUCUUUUAAAACAUCAGUGUACUGAAACACAUCUACAGAAGACACCUGAUAAGUACAAUUGCACAGAAGCUCUGUCAGGAGAUGCAGAUGCUGCGUGCAAGUGUUCCACGACUGAACAGACUUGUGUGUGUCCUUUGAAUUGUGAUUUGAAAGAGGCAACAAACUUACUGAAAGGUAACACUGCUGUAGCAGAAAUGCAAAUUCAGAGUAUUCAACAAUUUGUGCCUUACAGUCAGACUGACACUAAGCAUAUAUUACCUCUUCCUGCUUCAGAGCAGAACACACAGUCCCUGAUAACUGGCAGUGUAUGCUGCCACUUGAGCACAUUGGAUGUUGCUAAUGUUACAGGUGCAACUCUGGGAACUGAUCAAAAUAAUGACAUACAUCUGAGGAAAACGCCAAUUUCUUCCGAAGUAUGUACAAGAGAGAAACUUGAUAGAACCAGCUCAGAAAAAGCACCUAAUUUCUCCUCUAUGACUGUGGCUUCAGAAAGCCUAGAUACCUAUGCAGAAUUUGAAGUGCAUCAUACUGCCUCUGCAGGUGUUGAACACCGUCUAAAAAAUGAUAACAAGACUAAUAGAGGAUUGCAGCAAACAGAAGCACAGUCUGUAAAACUAGUUGCUGAAUGUGUAGAACCUUAUAGGCCUGAUGCACCAUCACCAUGCUUUAAUAUUAAUGAAGAUGACCAAGUUAAAUCCUUGCAGGAUAACCCUGACCAUGAUGAAGCUGGGAACUCUAAUGCUGAAACAUGCAUGGAUAGUCCUGUAAUUAAUGUGCACCUUCUCCCAGCAGAUAAAAUGGAUGGAGAACAAGUAUCAAAGGAACCCAGUAAACCCUUAACCAAAGAAAAACAUAUCUCUGGAAGUGUUGCUCUUGAGGAUAUGCACACCUCCUCUCUCAUAUCUUCCAGUGUACCAAAAUUAAAGGGGACUGUUUUACCUGACCUGAAAUGUGAAGCAACUUUUGUGGUCUGCAGUCCUAUGGCUGAUGAAAGCGAUUUUGCUCCAAGUACUUCAACUCCUAAAGAACAAUCAGGACACACAGAAUUUUUUGUUUCAUCUUUGGCAGAACUUGGAGACAAGUCUCCUAAACAAAGACCAAACAAGACCCCUGUAAGAGAGCAUAAUAGAAGGCCUUUGUUUAAAGCUAGUUCAGGUCAAACUGCUGGCAAACCAGUGGGCAGGUCUGCUAUUGUGUCAACAGUAACCAAAGCGAGGAAAUCGGAGAUUGUUAGUUUUCCCAAACCUAAUUUCAAAAAUAUUAAGCCAAAGGUUAUGUCUAGACCUGUGCCGCAGACCAGAAACAGUAUAGCAUUAAAACAGUGUCCCACAUCCCCUCAGCUCUCAGCUGUAUCCUCACCCUCCCUGGUUACUUCCUCAAGGCAAUUGUCCCCCUCUAUAAAAGUGCUGAAAAAGAAAACAGAUCUAGCUAAAGAUAGUAAAGUGGAAUUGCCUGUGAAUAAGCCCCAUAAGCUACAUCUUAACAAACGCCUCUUGACUAGCCAACUUGUACAUGCCACAACGCAUCCCAGAAACACUUCCCACAAGGCUUCAAAGACAUCUGCAUUAAAUCAGAAUCCGGAAGACAUUGGCAAAGCAAGCUCAACACAUUCAUCAUCAUGCUCCUCAGUUUCUGCUGCGCUUCCAGCAUGUGUAGAGAACUCGAAAGAGAUGCUGGAUGAUAAAAUGGAAACUUCAGCUUCUUUAGUGCAGCCCUGUGCUCAAAACAUUUGCCCAACUGGAGGUGAAAAAGAACAAAACAGCAACAUGAAAAUUCUGGAAGCCAGCUUGGUAAAAGAUGUGGCAAAUGAAACUUUUGAUUUGCAUUGUCCUCCUUUGAUGCCUUCUGUGAAAGAUUGGACAACACAAGGGAAAAGCAUACCGAAGAAAGGCCUAAUCACACUACAGAGUAUAUCAUCUCCUAAGGUUAAAACAGUGCCAUCUGUAUUGCCCUUGAAGAGAGGAUGUGAACCUAAAACUCUCAGCCUACCCAAAGCACCUUCUCACAAAGGAGUUAUUUCAUCAUCAUGCUCUGUUAUAGGAUCUUCUGCAAGAGAGAAGCAUGCCUCCAUGAAAAAAUCUGCAGCCUCCUGUGCUAACUCCACUAACACACUCGCCAAAACCAAAGUGCCUAUCAAGACAUCACUACUUGAGAGAACACCUAGCACCACAUCAGUCAGCAGCACUCAGAGUGAGCGAAGUCGUUUCAGCAGUAACUCUGCUAGUGCCACAGUCAUCAUCAAGAAUGGAGAAUGUCCUUCAAAACCAGCCCUCCAGAAUGGUAUUUCAGAAUAUGUCCCUUUGAAAGCAGUACCAAGACCUGGAUUACGUUCACUGAAGUCGACUCCAAAAGGAACCAAGGCCAGGUCCACCUCACAGAACCAGAGCACGACAAAAUCACCUGGGCCUCUGCCCUCUGCAAGGAAAGUUAGUGAUGCUCGAGGUAGUCCUAGAAGAAAUGGACACCAAAGCCUAUCUUGUUCGAGUUCUGUUGACAAGGGCAAGCCAUGGAGUCCCAAGAGCUCAUGCACGCAGACUCGAGCCUCCACAGAUGGGCAUUCAGCUGUCACAAAAACAGCCGAGUUGUUGCAGUACAAAACAAAAUGUGAGACCCAAAGUGGAAUCAUCCUGCAGCUGAAAAAAAUCCUGACAAGCAGCAGCCAGAAGUUUGAAGCAUUAACAGUUGUGAUCCAGCACCUACAGUCCAAGAGGGAGGAAGCACUGAAACAGCAGAAAGAGUUAUCUCAAGAACUAGUUAACCUUCGAGGAGAACUAGUCACCACUUCUGCAGCUUGUGAGAAAUUGGAGAGAGACAGGAAUGAACUGCAAGUUGCCUAUGAAGGGUAUUUGCAGAAGUUAAACCAGAAACAUGACAAUGAUUUAGCUGAGCUGGAAGAGAGACUUAAACAGUUCUACACUGCAGAAUGUGAGAAACUCCAAAGUAUCUGCAUUGAAGAAGCUGAAAAGUACAAAGCGCAACUCCAGGAGCAGGUGGACAACUUAAACAUCACACAUGAAAACCUGAAGCUGGAACUUGAAAAUAGCCACUCAGAAAAAGUAGAGGAGCUGAAAAAGGAGUACGAGUCCUCUUUUUCAGAGCUCAAGAGUGCCCAUGAAUCUGAAAGGAAGCUGCUUGAAGAUUCCUUUAAAGAGAAGCAAGAAUUGCUAGAGAAAAAAAUCGAUGAAUUAAAAUGUGAAAACGACUCCCUGAGUGAGAAGUUGAAAUUAGAAGAACAAAAACAAAUAGCCAAAGAAAAAGCCAAUCUUAAAAAUCCACAGAUUAUGUACCUGGAACAGGAGCUGGAAAGUUUGAAAGCAGUGCUGGAGAUAAAGAAUGAGAAACUCCAUCAGCAGGAUAUAAAGUUAAUGAAGAUGGAAAAACUGCUGGAGACCAACACAAUCUUAAUGGAUAAAUUAAAGAAGGUUCAGCAAGAAAAUGAAGAACUAAAAGCUCGGAUGGACAAACACAUGGAGCUUUCAAGGCAACUUUCUACAGAGCAAGCUGUUUUGCAGGAGUCACUGGAGAAAGAAUCAAAAGUGAACAAACGCUUGUCCAUGGAAAAUGAAGAACUUCUGUGGAAGUUGCACAAUGGUGACCUAUGCAGCCCCAGAAAACUGUCUCCCAGUUCUCCAUCUGUGCCUCUUCAGUCCCCACGAAAUUCUGGUAACUUCUCUAGUCCCACAGUAUCACCGAGAUGACAUCUCUUGAGAAAAAGAGGGGGCUGCAUUUCAUUUCUGAUCUGCAGAACUGGUCCUGACUUUAAUCACCAGAGCAAGAGCUAUUUUAGCCAAGUACACAUAACUGGAAAUGGUUUGGUGCAAAAAUGGCACUAAGAGACUGAGACUGUGGGAGUAAGACAGUCGCGUUGCUCCUCCCAAAAAGACUUGUUUUAUGACCUCUAUGGACAUUGUUGCACAAAGCACUUACAGAGCAAGGAAAGACUUGUUUAUUGCCUUUUCACCCAACUAUACGAAAAAGCUCAGGGGCUUAGAGAUAAAAGUUCACAACCUUUAUAAUAUGUUCCUUAUCACAGACACUUUUUUAAGGCUGUGUGUGUGUGCGCGCGCUGUGGAUGGAGUGGAUGUAACACACUGUGCGUGUGUCUAAUGCUGCCUUCUUUGCUGUGUACGUAAUAAAGGAUAAAGCUGACGACUAUACAAUGACAUCUACUUCCUUAAUAACCUGGUCAGCAUGCAUGCUUUUAGUACAGAGUACCCUCACCCAGGAACGAGGAGAAACUGCCACUAGUAGCAUAGGUUAGUUUCCUUCAUCUUUCUGGCUUCAGUUCAGUAACAAAACCAAAAAGAAGCGGGGGGGUGGGGAGGAGCAUGAAAAACUUUGUCAACUGAUUCAUUAGUGUCUUGGCCAACCUGAGUAUGCAACAUUAAAAACCAACUGAAUUUGCAGCCAUACUUUGCACGGAUUCAUGGUUUAAUAGCCAGCACAACUGCCAUUUGUGAGGAGACUCUUUCUUUGCAGGGUACAGUGAAUUCUGGCUUGCAAGUCAAAAGGGUCAUAGUGAAAACCACAGUAGACUGGAAGAUACAGCUGAGUAGCAAGUUUGGAAACCUACACCUAUCAUCUUACCUACUGGAAAGGAAUCACUUACUCCCCAAAAUAACAUGUCCAUUGUUAAGGCUAUCUGCUGAGGAUAAACUCAAUGCAGACUUGAAAGCCAAUGAGAAAAAUACAGCAAUUGUUAUUAGGUGCAUUCUUAACUCAAUUCUCAAGAAGAAUCUUAAGCAAUUUGUGAAUUCCAGUGUAUCUGGUGACACACUUUGCAUUUUUAAGCAUGAGCAUUUGUACUACCGUUCUUCAGAGUUGGCUGAAUUCACCUGAGGAAAAGGGGGGAAAUGGUAGAGUUGUGCAUGUGUUCUGCCAUACCCUCUCUCUUGGACUGCAGGAUUAUCAGUGUUUAGCCAGUUCACUUGGCUAAAGGUCCUGUACGAGAGAUUCUGCAGAGUAGAGAGAGCAAAAAUUGCCCUGGCUGUUGGAACUGGAGGCUGAGGGUCUCAAUGACUCUGCAAGUGUCAUAUGCUGAGCUUCAGCUUCAGUGAGAUAAUUGUCUAGCCUUGCUAGACCCUUGGUCAGACCUGUUUAAGAUGUCUACAUUGUACCUACUAAACAUAGGAUCAGUUUCAAGUUAGCAUUACAAAACACUGUCUGUGCUUACAACAGCCUGGGUUU